AUGAAUAUGUCUGGAGAUACUGAUCUUAACAUCGACAGUGUAAUAGCACGAUUACUUGAAGUGCGUGGAUGUCGACCAGGCAAAAUAGUUCAAAUGACAGAAGGUGAAGUACGUGGCUUAUGCUUAAAAUCUCGUGAAAUAUUUCUCAGUCAACCAAUUCUACUUGAACUUGAAGCUCCACUAAAAAUAUGUGGUGAUAUUCAUGGACAGUAUACAGAUUUAUUACGGUUGUUUGAAUAUGGUGGAUUUCCACCUGAAUCCAAUUAUUUAUUUCUUGGUGAUUAUGUCGAUCGAGGAAAGCAAUCAUUAGAAACAAUUUGUUUGUUACUUGCUUAUAAAAUAAAAUAUCCUGAAAAUUUCUUUCUUUUGCGUGGGAAUCAUGAAUGUGCGUCAAUUAAUCGAAUUUACGGAUUUUAUGAUGAAUGCAAACGUCGAUACAAUAUCAAACUAUGGAAAACAUUUACGGAUUGUUUUAAUUGUUUACCAAUAGCUGCGAUUAUUGAUGAAAAGAUCUUUUGUUGUCAUGGUGGUUUAUCUCCUGAUCUUCAAACGAUGGAACAAAUUCGGCGAAUUAUGCGACCGACAGAUGUACCUGAUACAGGUUUACUCUGCGAUUUGUUGUGGUCCGAUCCUGAUAAAGAAACUCAAGGGUGGGGAGAAAAUGAUCGCGGUGUUUCAUUUACGUUCGGCGCUGAUGUCGUCGCUAAAUUUUUGAAUCGACAUGAUAUGGAUUUGAUUUGUCGGGCACAUCAAGUCGUCGAAGAUGGUUAUGAAUUUUUUGCUAAGCGUCAGUUAGUAACGCUAUUUUCAGCACCUAAUUAUUGUGGAGAAUUCGAUAAUGCUGGUGGAAUGAUGUCUGUUGAUGAAACACUUAUGUGUUCUUUUCAAAUUUUAAAGCCAAGCGAAAAGAAACCGAAAUAUCAAUAUGGGGGUUUAAAUACCAAUCGACCAUUGACACCUCCGCGUGCACCGACGACAUCGGCACCAACAUCAGCAGGAGCACAAACUCAAUCGAAAAUCGGCAAAAAAUAG